AACAGCUGUUGCCUCUGCCAUUUUUGGAAAGCAAAUGAAAUAUUUGAAAUAGAUAAGAGCCUCAAUUGAUCAUGGAAGUUGUACUAUCGCACUAUUUGGAAACACUCAGCAUUAUCAUAGGUCAGCAACAGCUCAGACAGCAGAUAACCCAUCGAUAGCGCACUCCUGUAACCGAGCCAUCUGCAAACACGUGCGUUUCUUGAGAGAGGCUGACGGAAUUCUCACUGGGUUUACGUAAAUAGUUAAAAUCCCGCCAUGGAGGAGGUGGAGAUCGCCCCGGGAAAUAAAUCCAAUCCCAUAAAGUCCUUUAUAGCGGGCGGCGUGGGUGGCAUGUGCAAUGUGCUGGUCGGCUAUCCCUUGGACACAAUAAAGGUUCGCCUUCAAACGAUGCCCACUCCUUUGCCCGGUCAAGCGCCCCGAUACAAGGGGAUUAUAGAUUGCACCGCCCGGAUGUUUCGUCAGGAGGGACUCCGUGGAUUCUACAGAGGAAUAUCGGCGCCCCUGGUGGGAGUGACACCCAUCUAUGCCGUGGACUUUGCCGUCUAUGCGGCGGGCAAGAGACUGUUCCAAACGGACGACCACAUAAGGCUCACCUAUCCGCAGAUAUUCGUUGCCGGUGCAUUGGCCGGAGUUUGUUCCGCCCUCGUCACGGUGCCCAGCGAUCGGAUAAAGGUGCUCCUACAGGCGCAGCACGUGUCCAGUGGUCCUCUACUCUACAAUGGAACCAUGGACACAGCCGCGAAGCUUUAUAGGCAGGGUGGGAUUAGGAGCCUCUUCAAAGGAACCUGUGCCUGCAUUCUGAGAGAUUCCCCCACCGGAUUUUAUUUCGUGACCUACGAGUUCCUCCAGGAAUUGGCCAGAAAGAAGUCCAAGACUGGGCAGAUCAGCACCACAUCAACGAUUCUGUCUGGCGGAACGGCUGGCAUUGUGUUUUGGACCUUGGCCGUGCCCUUUGACGUACUUAAAAGCCGCCUACAGUCAGCACCUGAGGGCACUUACAAGCACGGCAUACGAAGCGUUUUCAGAGACCUAAUGGCCACAGAAGGCCCCAAAGCUCUAUUUCGCGGAAUUCUCCCAGUUUUAUUGCGUGCCUUUCCCUCCACAGCCGCCGUGUUUUUCGGCGUGGAGUUAACCAAUGAUUUGUUAAAGGCUUAGAAAUAAGGAUUUGUAUUUAAGAGAGGCUGUUUAUUUAAUUAAAUAUUGUUGUAAAGUGA